AUGCAUGUGCUCCGAUUACUAGUGACAGCUUUCAUUGGCUGCAGGUAUAGAGUUUCCAGUUCAACAAUCCGCGACUUAACCCAAGCCGAAGCAGCACUCGCAGCUAUCACCAUCACUAACAUCGACGAUAUCCGAGGCAACAUUCAUCUCCCCUCGGAAUCGGAAGACGGCCUCGCUAUCGACUGGACCAGCAGCAGCCCAGCCAUAAUCACAGUCGACGGCAGAGUCACCAGACAAGAUGAAGACGAAACUGUAACCCUCACAGCCACUAUUGCUUCCCAAACCCGCACCCUUACCGCUUCCGUCCGCAAAGCCGUAGAUGUCGGCCCCUACGUCGGCUACGCAUUCGCCUACUUCACCAAUGACACCCUAGCGGGGGAGAACAUCUUUUUUGCGACAAGCCAAGGAAAUGACGCGCUCAACUGGACCGAGCUGAACGGCGGACAACCCGUGUUGACUUCCACGAUGGGCACGAAAGGGUUGCGAGAUCCGUUUAUCAUCCGUUCGCCGGAGGGAGAUACCUUCUAUCUCCUUGCUACGGAUCUCUCCAUCGGCUCGGGUACUUUCUGGGCAGAAGCGGUCAGUAAUGGGAGUCUAUACCUGGAGAUAUGGGAGUCUCAUGAUUUGUCGACGUGGUCUGCUCAGCGACAUGUUCUGGUCAGUCCAUCGACGGCGGGGAAUACUUGGGCGCCUGAGGCGUUUUACGACACGGAUCUAGGGGCUUACGUCGUCUUUUGGGCGUCUUCACUGUACCCAGAAAGCGACACGAGUCACACGACAGCAACAUACCACCGGAUGCUCUACGCGACGACCCAGGACUUUGUCACUUUCAGCGAACCUGCCAUCUGGCAGGAUUCGGGAUCAUCGCGUAUCGACUCGACCGUCAUCGAGGUGGAGGGCGUGUACUACCGGUUCACAAAAGACGAGGGAAAUGUGACGGGAUGCGUGGACAUUAUCCAGGAGCGCUCGACCGAUUUGUUGGCUGAGCUGGAUGAGUGGACGACAGUGGCUAGCUGUAUUGGCGAGACAGCCGGAACGAGCCAGGUUGAGGGGCCAACUUCUUUCAAGGCUAAUGCGGAUGAUGUGCGUGGGGAGAAAUAUUAUCUAUUUGUGGAUGAGUACACAGAAAGGGGAUACAUCCCGCUUGAGGCGGAGGACAUUGCGAAUCCGGACUGGAAAAUCUCGAGUGACUUCAAUUUGCCGGCUAGUCCGAGACACGGGACUGUUAUCCCCGUCACGGCGGCAGAGCUCGCCUCUCUUACGGGCGCAACGAGUACCACCGCCAAACGAUCCGCCCUCCGAAAGAGAGAAGGAAGUCCCGUUCUCCCCGGCCUGUGGGCCGACCCCAACAUCGCCAUCUUCGGUGAAAAGUACUACAUCUACCCUACCCAAGACGGCUUCCCCAACUGGGGCGGACAAUCUUUCUAUGUGUGGAGCUCUCCCGAUCUCGUCCAGUGGACGCGCAACACCGAACCGAUCCUCACUCUCAACGGCACAUCCGGCAAUGUCCCCUGGGCCAACGGCAACGCCUGGGCGCCUACCAUUGCCAAGAAAGAUGGAAAAUACUUUUUCUACUUCAGCGGGAACAAUGCAGCCCUGAAUACAAAAACUAUUGGCGUAGCCGUUGCCUCGCAUCCCGAGGGCCCGUUUGUAGCGGAGGCAGAACCCAUGAUUUGGAAUAACGAGAGUUUGCCUACCAACCAAGCUAUCGACGCUUGCGCUUUUCACGACCCUGUUUCGGGGAAGUACUUUUUAUACUGGGGCAACGGCGUUGCCUUAGUCGCCGAGCUGGGGGACGACAUGGUUUCCAUCAAAUGGGAUACCGUCGGCCGCAUCGGCGGGCUGGUCGCAUUCCGCGAGGGUUCGUUCAUGAAUUACCGAGAAGGACUGUACCAUUUUACGUAUAGUAUCAACGAUACGAGGUCGGAGGACUACCAGGUCGGGUACGCGACUAGUCUGACUCCUACUGGAAACUUCACGUAUAGGGGAGUCGUGCUGAGGAAGGAUGUGGAGAAGGGAAUACUGGGGACCGGGCAUAACUCUGUGGUCAAGGUUCCUGGAGAGGGGGACCAUUGGUAUAUGGCGUAUCAUCGGUUUGCGAUUCCGGGGGGCGACGGGAUGCAUAGGGAGACUACGGUUGAUAAAAUUGAGUUUGAUGACGUGACAGGGUUGAUGAGGGAGGUUGUGCCGACUUUGGAGAGUGUGGGGCCUCGGUUGGUGUCAAUGCCGGAGGGUUUGAGGAGGAAGCGCUCUAUUGGUUUGUGA